GCCGCUCUGCCCGCUCCCACCCCGCAGCGGCGAUCGCCGCUCCCCUUCGACCGAGCGCCGCGGCCAGGCGUGAUGGAGCGCAGCGCUGCGGCGGGGUCGCCGGCCGCUGCCGUCGGGCUGGGAGUGGGCCAGCGGGAUGCAGUAGCGGGCGCGGCGGGACGGGAGGCGCCGGAUCCCGGACACAGCUCCUUGCUGCCGUCGCUGAGCGGAUCGCAGAGCUUGGAGCAGCAGCUGAGCGAGCUGGGCAUCAGAAAACAGACGUCGUAUAGGAAAGCAAUCUUGAGAUCAGGCCUCCAGCACCUAGCUCCAGAGCAGUUGCCCAGCACCAUCCCAAAGAAUGGACCCACGAGGGAGAUGCGGACCUGCCCUGACUGGACUGAAAAUGCUAUAAAUGGUGACCACAUUUGGGUGGAGACAAACGCCUCUGGAGAUUUCUGCUACGUUGGAGAAGAGAACUGUUUAGUGAAGACAGCUAAGUCGGUUCCGAGGAGGAAAUGCGCAGCAUGCAAGAUAAUUGUGCACACUGUGUGUGUGGAGCAGCUGGAGAAGAUAAGUUUCCGUUGCAAACCAACCUUUCGAGAAGGAGGCAGCCGCUCUCUUCGAGAGCAAAACUUUGUCAGACAUCACUGGGUUCACAGACGCCGUCAAGAAGGAAAAUGCAAGCAGUGUGGGAAGGGUUUCCAGCAGAAGUUUUCAUUCCACACAAAGGAAAUCAUAGCCAUCAGCUGCUCCUGGUGCAAGCAGGCAUUUCACAAUAAAGUGACAUGUUUCAUGUUGCAUCACAUCGAGGAGCCUUGUUCGCUGGGUGUGCAUGCGGCUGUCAUUGUACCCCCAACAUGGAUAAUAAAGGUGAAAAAACCACAGAACUCAUUCAAGUCUUCAAGUAGAAGGAAAAAGAGGACAUCACUGAAGAGAAAAAGCAGCAGGAAAGGAGCGGACGAAAGCAAGUGGAAGCCAUUCAUCAUCAAGCCCAUUCUGUCACCCUUGAUGAAGCCACUUCUGGUGUUUGUAAAUCCAAAGAGUGGUGGAAACCAGGGAAACAAGGUCCUACAGAUGUUCAUGUGGUGUCUAAAUCCUCGGCAAGUCUUUGACCUCUCACAGGGAGGACCGAAAGAAGCUUUGGAGCUCUACAGAAAGGUGGCCAACCUGCGGAUUCUGGCCUGUGGCGGCGACGGAACGGUUGGCUGGAUUCUUUCCUUGUUGGAUGAACUACAGCUCAAACCCCAGCCUCCUGUUGCAGUCCUCCCGCUGGGGACGGGAAAUGACCUGGCCCGUACUCUCAACUGGGGAGGGGGGUACACAGAUGAACCGGUCUCAAAGAUUCUCUGCCAUGUGGAGGAGGGUAAUAUUGUACAACUUGACCGCUGGAACCUUCAGCUUCAGAACAACCCCCAUCUACCCCAGGACGACGCUGAGGAAGGCACUCAGAAGCUCCCGCUUGGUGUGUUUAACAAUUACUUCAGUCUGGGCUUUGAUGCCCAUGUGACACUUGAAUUCCACGAGUCUCGGGAAGCAAAUCCAGAACGGUUCAACAGUCGAUUUAGGAACAAGAUGUUUUAUGCAGGGACUGCUUUUUCAGACUUUCUGCAAAGAAGCUCCCGAGAUUUAUCCAAGCACAUCAGAGUUGUGUGUGACGGCACUGAUUUGACACCCAAAAUCCAGGAUUGGAAAUUUCAAUGUAUCGUCUUCCUCAAUAUCCCCAGGUACUGUGCGGGCACAAUGCCCUGGGGGAACCCAGGAGAUCACCGGGACUUUGAGCCGCAGAGGCAUGAUGAUGGCUGCAUUGAGGUGAUAGGCUUCACUAUGGCAUCUCUGGCCGCCCUCCAAGUUGGAGGCCAUGGGGAGCGACUUCACCAGUGCCGAGAGGUGAUCCUCACCACUUACAAGACGAUCCCCAUGCAGGUAGACGGGGAGCCCUGCCGCCUGAGCCCAUCGGUCAUCCGAAUCUCUCUGAGAAACCAGGCCAACAUGGUGCAGAAGUGCAAACGACGGACCUCCAUGCCAUUACUGAAUGACCCGCACACUGUUCCGGGUCGGCUGAGGAUGCGAGUGAACAGGAUCAGCCUCCAGGACUAUGAGAGCAUGCAGUACACCAAGCAGAGGCUGCAAGAGACUUCAAUUCCACUGGGAAUUAUCGUCAUCCAUGGAGACUGUGAUCUGGAGACGUGCCGCAAGUACAUCGACCGGUUGCAGGAGGACUUUUAUCCAUUAAUGUCAGAUGGACAUCAGUUUCAUUACCAGGACAGUGAGUCUUCCCAGCGGCAGAUGUUGUCUUCUCAGAAUCUUUCUUCCAAAUGGUGCUUCCUCGACUCAACUUCUUUGGAUCGAUUCUACCGCAUUGACAGAGCCCAGGAGCAUCUCCACUUUGUGACAGAGGUAGCUCACGAUGAGCUCUUUAUCCUGGAUCCCGAAGUUGCAGCAACCCCAAAACUUGGGACAACCCCUGGAAUGCCAGACCUGGUGGUGGACCCUUCCCCAGGGAAAACUGAACUAUGGAAUGGAUCUGGUGGCAAGUGGAUUGGAAGUGAUAGCUGUGAAUCUGAGUCUGGAAUACAACACCAACUUCUUGCCAGACCGAUGGGCAGCUUGGGACUUCCGAAGCUCAGGCCUCCCACAUCUCCAGAAGAACAAGAACUUCUUCAUUCAGUUCUGGAGGGUAACCUGCAGAAGUUCAUAGACUCUUGCAAUAAGGGAGCCAGCCUGAUGGUGUGCAGCUCUGAAGGUUACUCUGUGUUACACUGUGCUGCAAAGAACGGCCACAAAGAACUUGUAAAGUACAUCAUAGAACACGGUCCUCGCGAGUUAUUAGACGUUGCAGAAGCAGAAACGGGUGAGACAGCAUUGCACAAAGCAGCAUCUCAUCGAUAUCGCACAAUAUGUCGCUUCCUCAUCAAUGCCGGCGCCUCGUUAACACAGACUGAUUUGGAGGGUCACACUGCGGGGCACAAGGCAGAGGAGGCAGGAGACCUGGAACUUGCUGCUUACCUGGACAGCAGACAGCAGCACCAGGUGUUGGGGCGCGAGGAUCUGGAGACAGCCGUCUGAGAAGAAAGAUGCCGAGGAGACGUGGUGGAGGGAGUGGGUUGGGGGAGAACUUAGUGUUGCUUUAAGAGAGCUCUCUGCACUCCCCGGUGGGACUUCUAGUAGCUGUGUCUCUUUGAACCUGCCACUGGUUCAAUGAAAAGGAAUGGCCAUUCCUCGAUGAAAGAUGGAAGUAGUCAUGGAAACAGCAGUGAUGGUGCUUACCACUGCUCACCCCACCCUGUUGAAAACCAGUGUCUGAUCUCGAUACUACUGCUCAUCAAACUGCAAGGUGGAUCUCUUCAAGGAAACUUCUCCAUUUUGACACUUCACAAGAAGUCAUCCUUCAGGCUUUCCUCUCAUACUGGGGCCACUUGCUGUUUCCUUCCACCGUCAACUCCAACUCGAAGUAAGUGAGAGGAGGCACGUAGAGAUCUGCCUGUCGAUUCUGUGUGCCACACUUUCAGAACGUUACAGCUGAGUAGGACCUUCUGAGUCUGAUGGUGGUUGUCAAGGGCAUGGAGAAUUUGUAUUUGGCAAGCUAGAGAUUCCCUUUACCCUAGUAUGCAUGCAUCAGUGACCCUGCUUUGGCCAUUUUUCUGCUCAGGGGACAGAGUUUGAGAUUACUUUGGGGAGUGCUGGACUGAACUGAGGAUACUUCUUACUCUCUUACCACAAGCCAAAAAGGCUGGCUUUAGGCAAGGCUGAAUUGUUCCAAAGAGCAAGCUUCUCACUUUCACAAGCUAGCCAGAACCGUCAGCAUCUGCCGGUGAGCAGAUCCACACAAAUGUACAAUAUUUCCCUUGACAAAUUCUGUUGCAGACACCUUUGCCACAUGUCUUGGUGCAUCAGGAAGUCAAACACAGCUUAAUGUCACUUCAGAAUGUUUAAAAUUAUGGUCAGAUCUUCCUGAGGAUUCUAACACAUUUGUCAUGGACUGUGCGUUUUAUUUACUCACCUUCCCAUUCCAUCUCUACUUGUACCUGUGGAUGUAGGAAGAAGUUCCUGCUGGCAGCUGUGGGAGGGAUUUAAGAGGAGGUUUGAUGCACUCUUGUCACAUUACCUCUAAGAUUACACCUCAGCUGUUUCACCAAAGCCAGCUCUGUCUGGUCCAAUCAGCACUGGGGGAGGUGGAGGGCAAAAGAGACCGUAAGAAAAAUAAACGUGCCAGCUUACCCUUGGGAUUUGAUUUAGUUCCUGCAUAAUGGUUAUCUUGGAACCAAAUCAACAAAUUGGAAUCAAAUUGUGACUUCCCACAAUUUAAAAACUUGGAUGCGCUGUGUGGUCAAACAUGUUUUAUUUUAACCCAAAUCAUGGCAGGGUUCGAGCUGGUAUCAUUUUUCAUCAGUGGAAGGGAACCAAGGAUAGGAGAGAUUUUCUCCUUUCCCUUUGGACUAGGAUGUGUAGGAGGAUGUCCUCAAAGUCUUACAGUGACAUUGACCACCCACCCUAACCCCUCGAGCUUCCGCCCACCACAACUCCCUCCUCACUAUUCGCAGGAGCCUCAGGUCUACUGCCAUCCCUCCACCAACCAAAAGGGAAGUAAAGACUAGGUGUUGAAGUCAGCAGAGUUGGUGACUCCACUGACUGUCUUUACUAGGAAUUUGGCAGAGGUGUCACCUCCCAAAUUUGGAGAAGCUGUUUCCUCUGCUGCGUUGAGGUAAGGUUGGGAAGCACCCACCCAAAGCUGGAUGCAUACAGAUACCCCUGAAGCAAUUCACAUGAGUGAUAUAGACCAACAGUCCUACUCCUCUGAUCAGGGAGAUGACGAGAUCACUGCCUUCUCUACACUGCUUUUCUAUGCUGCCUUCUCUGCAGUUUCCCCGGUGGAGAGGAGUACAAAAACAUUUGUGCCUGGCUUGGGGUCAACAUCACGGGUUGUCAAACAGAGGGUCCAGGCUCCUUCUCGGCCUACACAGCUUUCACACUCUUGUGUACAUGGGCAUCAGUGUGUGGAUGCGUCCUGCUCUUUUAGUCAAACACUGCCAGGCACCAGCCAAUGUCAAAGAGAACAACUGGCCUCCUUUAUUGCUCUGUCGGCUGACUCCAUCCAGCAGGGCUAAGGGUCUUCACACUGGCGUGACCAGUAGACAGGCCAAGCCAAAGAUAGGGCCAAGUUGUUCCUUUCAAUUAACACAAAGGUGACAAGUGCCCAUAGGCCGACUUGUCUUCCAAUUAACUGGAUGAUGGUGCUAAAACAGUGAUGCCAUAUCUAUAAGUAGGGGAGAUAACAAGGGGUACCUGAUCCACAGAAAACAGACACCAGUAAUAAAUAGAGAAUUGGAGAUGUCAAGUGGAAGGGCUUGGGGAUAUCUACAGUGCUCAGCCACUUUAAAAGGAAAGCAAAUCCUUACCUACCCGAAUCGGACCAAAGUCCCAGCAUACAACAUCGGACCCUUCACAUAUCUGGUGUGGUCCUUGGUGCAAUCUUGAUUCCAAGCAGGAACUGGCAGAACCAAAUCAUCUGACACCCAACCCUGCCUGUAAGGAGUUUGUCUGUUCUCCCUGUAACUGUGUGGGUUUCCUCCGGGUGCUCUGGUUUCCUCCCACAUCCCAAAGAUGUAUGGAUUAGCAGGUGAAUUGGCCACAUAGGUGUAAAUGAGUGGUGCAGGAUUGUUGGGCCAGAAGGGCCUGUAACUGGGCUGUAUCUCAAAAUAAAAGUAAAAAUACAUGUCCUCUAUGAAAGUUCUGGGGGGGGGGGGGGGGUUGUAAACAAGGUGUCAGAAGGUUUAAUCUUCAUUUGCUGACCACAGCAAUUGCGGUAGGAGUGACCACUAUAGGUACUUUUGCGGUCAAGAGGUCACUUUCACACAGAGGGCCUCCUGCAAUGUGUUGCCUGGCACUGUGACCGCAACAAGAUGGAAUCAGAUCCUUUAAGCAUAGAAAGUUUAAGAGAGGUGAUGCUGAGGUACAAUUGUGUGUGGUUGGUCACUUAAGUGGGUAACAUGUGGAAAAACAAUAGGAUUAAUGGUUUGUAACUUCAUGACCAGAAUAUCCCUUUAAACACCAUCAAACUAGGGGUUCAUUGAGGCACAAAGGCCAGGAAUGUACCAAAUGUCAGGUGCUGAUGCGAUGCAUUUAUGCACCUGCUAAGCUGUGACUGCAGCAUGCUAUAAUCAUCACUAUGCAAUUGCACAGAUGAACAGUCCUGCCUGUCAGUUAUAUUGCUGGACAUUUAAACAACCACCAAGGGGCGGCUCUGUGAAUGACCGCAACUUAACAUUUGUGCCAAAGACGUGAUUGGAGCUUUUGCUGGUGUCUCCAGAAACGUACCAAAUGGACGGUCCACCUCAAUCUGCUCCAGAGGACUCCACUGUUACAGCAGCCGUUAUUUGUCAAAUCCAGCUCACGGGAUCAAGAACAGUUGCAAAAAGGAAAGUCUGUGACCUGAUGGAUCCCAGCUUCAGUGCUGAUGUCACUGGACUCUGAAAACUUGCACUCGUUCCUCAAACACACUUUAUUUACUUGUGCACAAGGAGAAUAGCACCAAACUGUUUUAAAGUUUGAACAAAGUAAUUCUGUUUUUCUACAGAAGUUGACUAGUUGGAUACAGAUAUUGACCAAAUGGUAGUCUUGUGAAUGUACAAAUUCCUUAUUCGGAUAAUCAAUCUCUACAAUACUACAGGAGUUAACAGUCAAUAAUACUUUAGAGUUAGUAAAAUAACUCUAGUAAAUAUCUAAUAGUAAA